CCAAGAGCCAGCGCAGCAAUGAGCAGCUUCGGGUUCACUGAGCUGAGUGGAUUCCACUCGCCGUGCGCUCGGAGUCCGUGGCUCGGAUCUCCCACCCAGUCUCAAAACAGCCAGCUGAGUAACAGCAAGCUGCCCGCCUUUGAAGAGUAGCACACAGAGAGAGUCAAAGAAGACCUCAAAUUCUGGAGAAAAAUGACCUUGCAAGGAUUACAAAGUAUAUUUCCUACUGUAUGUUUUUGUCUUACUAACCUCUGAUGACUGAAACAUACGGCCCUGGGCCUGCAGAAAGUCCACUGAUUAUCAAACUACUCAUCAUGCAUCAACUGUUCAGACUGGUUUUAGGACAAAAAGAUCUUUCACGGGCUGGGGACCUCUUCUCCUUAGAUGACUCCGAGAUUGAAGAUAGCCUGACAGAAGCUUUGGAGCAAAUUAAAGUAAUUAGCUCAUCUUUGGAUUACCAGACCAAUAACAAUGACCAGGCACUGGUUGAAAUCUGUAUCACGAGAAUCACGACAGCCAUCAGAGAGACAGAGUCCAUUGAAAAGCAUGCAGAGGCCCUGGUGGGGCUCUGGGACUCCUGUCUGGAGCACAGCCUGAGACCCUCUGGGAGAGAUGAAGACACUCCCCACGCAAAAAUUGCUUCUGAUAUCAUGAGUUGCAUUUUACAGAAUUACAACCGGCCCCCUGUGAUGGCAUUAGCCAUUCCCAUCGCAGUGAAAUUCCUCCACAGAAGCAACAAGGAACUAUGCAGGAAUAUGUCCAACUACCUGUCCCUGGCUGCGAUCACCAAGGCAGAUCUCCUGGCUAAUCACACAGACGUUAUAGUUAAGAGCAUACUCCAAGGCAAUGCCAUGCUGUUGAGGGUGUUGCCUGCUGUGUAUGAAAAGCAGCCUCAGCCAAUCAAUAGACACCUGACAGAACUCCUGGCCUUGAUGUCUCAGCUGGAACAACCAGAACAGUACCAUCUUCUCCGGCUUUUGCAUGUAGCCGUGAAGAGAAAGCAACCAGAGGUGGCUCAGAAAUGUAUUCCUUUCCUAAUCGGGUAUUUGAAAGAUUCAACCCAUAAUGAUGUCAUCCUAAACAUCCUCAUAGAGAUAGCAGGCUACGAACCUGUGGCUUUGAAUGGUUUUCUUCCAAUGCUGAAAGAGAUUGGUGAGAGAUUCCCCUACCUCAUCGGACAAAUGGCAAGACUCUAUGGAGCUGUGGGGCAUGUGGAUGAAGUACAAAUUCAAUUGGCAGAGAAGGAGGGUGAUGAAAAGAAACAGUAGAAGUUACAAAGAUUUUCUAAAGGAAAUAUUCUCCUUUCCUUUACCUUGGAGAGUGAGAAUGACCUUGAAGGCAAGAUGCAUGGAUUUUAGUAUCCCAUAUAGUAGAUAAAACGGACACAGUAGAUACAAUGAGGUGACCCUUCUGUUCUGCUGUUGAGAAAUGACAAGAUUAAACCAUGCUAUGAUCUGAAUGUGCACCCCUCACCCCACCCAAUUCAUAUGUUGAAACCUAACUGCCAAAGUGAUGGUAUUAGGAGGUGGAGCCUUGGGGAGGUGAUUAGAUCAUGAGGGUGGAGACCUCAUGAAUGGGAUUAGUUCCCUUAUAAAAGAGGCCCAAGGGAGCUCUUUUGCCCGCGUACUCCUGGAACCAAAUACCACAUCUAAAAAUCCUAAAAGGCUGUUUUACUCUUUUGCCACUGUUACUAAAAGUCAGCUCACAAAUAAGUGGAAAGCAAUUUGGAGCAUAAUCCUUUUCUUCCAGUCAGUGUAUUUCAAACUUUUGAACAUACCAUCGCAUGGCAUACCUUCAAAACCCCAUCCUAGUCACUGCAAUUUGUUUGCAUAUUUUUAUUUACUUGUUUACUUAUGCCAGUUAAGUUUAAAUAAAUUUGUUUAUGUCAACGAGAAGUUGAGACUGUUCCCAAUGAAAGCGUAUUUGCUAUGAGACCAAAAAUAAUUAACCCAAGGCAAAAUCCAAUAUUGAGAGGUAAGCAGUGGGAGGAUGGGGAGCAGGGUACCAGAAAAACAGUAUCAAACUCGUCUAUCCAGUCUCAGGCAAGAUUUACACUUUUGCAAAUUGCAUUUUUCCAUUUAUUCUCUGCCAUAAGUAAUGAAAUAAUACCCAAAUAUUUCCAUCUAACCUGUGCUUUAGGAGUUAAAUCUCAGCUACCAAGAAUAAAACAUCCUGGCUAUUUCUUAUGAAAAUAAGUAGGUACAAAGAAAGAUAGUCAACUAGUGUUUAAUUAUAUAAUGAGCAAAUUAUGGAAUGUAAUGAGUAAAUUAUGGAAAGUUCAAUUGUAGCUGAUGUAUAGUUCAACUGAGUUAAAUCUUACCAUAAUGUUCCUUUUCUAGUGAACAAAAGCAUUUUUUUUUUCCUGGCAAAAGGCUCAAACACAAUUUCUUUCUCUCUCUCUCUCUCUCUUUUUUUUCUUUUUCUUUCCUUUUCUUCUCUUUUUUCUUUUCUUUUCAGGCCCAUAAUAAUAAUUUUUCUCCAAAAUGGUUUCCAUGAUUGGGCCAAGUCUGUGGUUACUUUUUUUUUUUUUUUUUAAUCAUUUUGUGAUUAUGCUGCAUUUGCUAAACAGCUAUUGUGUAAUUAAAGAUGGGCUGCUUCUUGAGUUCUCUAGACAUGUUUCAAUGUUAAAGGCCUCAGUGGUCUUUCAAAAUGUUUGCUUAAUUAAAGGUAAAGAAAUAGUGGAACCAUUGUUCAGGAUAAUCAAUGAAAGGUCAUUUACAUGAAGGGAUGAUGGUGUAGUGAGAGAAGAAAUCCUAGCUCAGUAUAAUUCAUUCUGGGUCCCUUGAGUCCACACAAAAGAUUUACCUUUAAGAGGCUAAGUUCCCAAGCCCCCAGUUUUUAGGGAGUAAAUCCAAACUAUAGAACCUCUAAAUCUUUUAUCAACCCACCAAAUAACACUAUGUUAGAAGCUCAAAUUAGAAGAGACUUCUGCAAGCUUUCAUAUCUGUAUUAGGGGGUCAGUGCAAAGAAAAGAUGCUGGGAAAAACCCUCAGGACAAAUGGAGACCAAUUUAUGUUUUCAAAUAUAAUUGUGGCCACACUGAAUACUAUUUUGGGGAAAAAAAUUAUUUUUAAAUUGGAACACUUUAUUUGACAGCAGAUCAUGUUCAGUGCUUUGCUCUUUAAAAAAAAAUCAAUCAUACUAAAAACAUAAUUUAUUUGGGUAUAUUAUUAUCUCAAAAAGCAAGGCAUAAAGGUAAGCUACCUUUCACAUUCUCUGAUUUCUAUUUUAAGUCCUAAGUCUUUCUGAGGAAGACAUAGUAAGUUCCACAUUUAAAUAAAAGCCAUAAUUGGUUUAUAAAUACAAAAAUUAUACUUUUUUAAAAGAAGGGUGGGGUUUACUUGAGCAUUCUGUGCCAAAUGCAUGCAGUUGAACUGUGUCCAAUUGGUCCUUAAUUUUUGCCAUGUUACAAAAUUCGAGGUUCUUUCAAAACAAAGGAUACAUCUGUUUUCAUCAGCUGUUUCUUGACUUUUAUUACUGGGACUUAUUUUUUAAAAUUGUUUUGCCUGGAUGGCAUUGUUUUACUUGGAAUGAUUUAUUACUCUCCCAGGUCCCCACAGAACUAUGUAUUCCUGAAAUAAUGCAAACUAAAUAAAAAAUAAGAAGAAAAAGAUGGGAACUUAUUUCAUUUACAUUGAAUUAAAUGAUCAUUUAUAAUAUGUGAAUACAUUUACAUUGUAAUAGAAUUUUUAUUUAUCAAUGGGAACAAAAAUAUGUUCAAUUACUCUAAGCCGAUAUAUGGAAAAAUUGAGGCAUGAUCAGAGGACAAAAGGAAGAAUUGAAGAAUGUGACUUUUUGGAAUGCUAUUUAAAAAAUCAGCUCAAAAUUGGAGGAUUUUCUGCCUCACUGAACAUUAACAAUGUUUUUAUUUAUUUAUUCUCUACUUUGUUUCACAAAAGAUUUCAAGCAGUUUGCCCUUUCAAUGUUCUGUUUAAAAAUGUAUUGAAUCUUAGCUUUUGAUAUUUAUGAACUAAUGACAUUUGAUGCCUAGUUAACUGUGCAAGCAUUUUGCAUAUAUUUUAUGCUCAUUUUUAAGGCUAGAAGAACAUAUCUUUGAGUAACAUAACAUUUAAAGAGUAAAUUUAUUAAUUGUACUGUUAUCGUGGCUUUUAUAGAUUACUGGAUAGCUUGACAAUUACUGCCUUGCCAACUUCAAUAGCUAACUUUUUGUGGGGUUGGAAAUGUUAAAAUAAUAGGAUAUUUUUACUUUAGAUACAGGAAAAUAUUGAAAAAGACUGGGGAAUAAUU